AACAAAAACAAAAACCAUAUUUAAUGGUGAGAGAUUAUUGGCCGAACGAGAAGCUAAACUUUGCCGGCGAUCAUCGACACCGACGUGAACCUCGUCUCUCGUUUUGGUUCCUUCUUCAAAUUGGUUAAUUUGUUAGGUUAGUCAUCUCCACGGUUGCGAAUUUAGUUUUGGGGCUACUCACUCUUUCGUCUUUACCUUUCCAAGAACAUCAAUUUGUGAGCUACGUGGCUUCACUAGCUUCCACAUUUCGUUUGAAACAUUUUGUCUGAACUGAAACCCAGAAAAAAUGUCUGAGGAAACACCAAGUUCUGGGUUUUGUAGAUAUGCUAUAGUUACUGGAGGGAAUAGAGGCAUUGGAUUUGAGAUAUGCAGACAAUUAGCAAACCAAGGGAUUAGGGUUGUUCUGACAUCUAGAGAUGAAAGAAGAGGACUUGAAGCUGUUGAGAUAUUAAAGAAAGAGCUUGGGAUUUCUGAUCAAAGCAUUGUCUUUCAUCAGCUUGAUGUCUCUGAUCCAGCUAGUAUCUCAUCUCUUGCUGAGUUUGUGAAAACCCAAUUCGGAAAACUCGAUAUCUUGAUUAAUAAUGCAGGGGUUGGUGGUGUAAUCACUGAUGUUGAUGCUCUAAGAGCUGGGACUGGGAAAGAAGGUUUCAAGUGGGAGGAAACUAUCACAGAGACGUAUGAGCUAGCUGAGGAAUGCAUCAAGAUUAACUAUUAUGGACCAAAGAGAAUGUGUGAGUCGUUUAUUCCUCUGUUGCGGUUAUCUGAUUCUCCAAGAAUCGUUAACGUAUCUUCCUUCAUGGGUCAACUAACGAAUUUACUAAACGAAUGGGCAAAAGGGAUCCUGAGCGACGCUGAGAAUCUCACGGUGGAAAGAAUCGAUCAAGUGAUUAACCAACUUCUCAAUGAUCUGAAAGAAGAUACAGUUAAGACAAAAGAUUGGGCUAAAGUCAUGUCUGCCUACGUUGUUUCGAAAGCCGGUUUGAAUGGUUACACGAGGAUCUUGGCAAAGAAACAUCCCGAGUUUCGUGUAAACUCGGUUUGUCCUGGAUUUGUUAAGACUGAUAUGAAUUUCAAGACUGGAGUUUUGUCUGUGGAAGAAGGAGCAUCAAGUCCUGUAAGGCUAGCUUUGCUUCCACAUCGAGAAUCUCCUUCUGGUUGUUUCUUUGAUCGUAAACAAGUUUCAGAGUUCUGAAAUCUUUGUGUGGGGAUAGUAUAAUAAGCCAAACAUUUUUAUUAAUGUAAAAUUAUUGUUUGGAAGCUAAACAUAAAUUUAUUCAGCCAAAAGCAUCGAAGAUUCAACAAGGGAAACUUUAUUAAUCCUUAUUC